GCCUCCAAACUGGUCAAAAGAACAAAUUAAGAACAAGCUGAGGCUGAGCUUCUGCAAAAUGCAGUUUUGAACAACGUUUUUUCUCAAAAUCGAGGAUUUUUAGCGGUGUGGAUGCUUUUUCGGUGAAUAUUCAAAUUUGUCAGCAAAUUAAGGCUGUCUCACUCACUUUGUUGGCAAAUGAGGCCUGAACACAUCCUUAGAGCGAAAAAGCUAGCAAUAGCACUGCUUACACCCUCUUAAUUUAGGAACAAAUUAAGAACAAUCCAGCCUCAGAUUUUCGAAAAAAUUAAGAACAGUCAGCCUGAACUUAAAUUUACUGGUUCUUAUAAGAGUGUUUUGUGGAUUGUCAGGAAAUGUUUUGUAGUCUUGUAGAAAAUUAGCCGAAGAGUAUUUUGCAUCUGUAAACACCUAAACACUCUCUUAUCGUUCGUUAUUCCUCAAUACCAACGGAAUGAUUUUUUAUCAUUUUGAGCUAAGGGGAUUGAUUUCUUACCAUUAGUUAAAGCACCAUCGAUUCCGUUUAAGAUUGAUCACGUAACAGUAAUGUAAAACGUACGCCCGAAGUGCAUUUCUAGAUGCGCUACUGGGUGGACAGUCAAACCCAAAUAUCGUGUCACGUUCUAACUGACACGUAUCCAAUGAAAGGUAAUUCGUUUAUUAGACGGAUCUGGCCUAAUUUCUUGAAGGAGAUUACAGCAAGCCUAUGUUGGAAAUGAAAAACUUUGUGCAUAAGAAUAAGCAGAUUUUGGCGGGAAUUGAUGUUUGGACAGUUCCAAACAAAAAACUUAUCGCAUGCAUUUCCUAAUGAAUACCAAAUCUUUACAAUUAAGGGGCUUACUAGUCUCGUAGUUUUCUGCAAAGCGGAUGAUUCUCGAUUUAAUCAAAUUAUCAAGCAAUCGCUAAACCGCUCUGGAGGCACUUUAGAAGAAUAUUAGCCGCACAAAGUCGAUCUUCAGUCGGUAAAUGGAAAUGCAAAGGACAAUUGCGCGACAGGGAAGCCAGAGCCUGAAUAAGGUGGGCAACGGCCCCCUGGUAAAUCCUCGCUGGAUAUGUAGCCGGCGUUCUGUAUUGCUUUGAAAUCAGGAGCUAUGAAACACAUCUGAAUUUGCCAAUCCACCAACCAACCAUAACCUCGUUUAAGAAGAAUAAGUAACCUGAAAUGAGGUAACAGUAUAUGGAGGCGCGGGAACACUGGGCGGGAAAUCGAAAAUCAUGGCGACUACAGAAAUGGAGCCUGAAAUUAGGAAUACUAGCAGCAGAAAAAUUCGUGGUCCUGGCAGAAAUGCAUUUAUCAAAAGUGCAGCUGAACGGAAGCAAGCAGACAAACGCUACUGUAAAAGCAUUCAAAGAAAGCUUGAAAAAUGGUUGAAAACAACUGGUCUUCCUGCUGUUUUGUUGACCUUCCAUAAAGAUAAAGAUGGGAAGCUUCAUGUUAUGCAUUUAGGAGAUCCUGCUUUUGCAGGAUUUGCACAGAAUCAGACCGUGAAAACGGAAUUUCAAAGAGUGGCUCUUAAUGUGAUGAAAAGAAACUCUUUCCAACAGAUUAAUAGAAAAAGUAAAAAACAGAAACAAGUAAUCAAUCAAUUCGUCGUUGAGACUAUUGAAAAAAAUAGCCUCCAGUCACUCCAAAAUGAAUUUGCAAUAAAUGAUAAGAGAAAAUUGAUUACCCAGGCAGUUCUUGGAAAUUGUGAAAUGAAAAAACACAUGUGGCAGGAGAAGUACAAACCAGUUUGGUGGCCAGAACACGUUCCAUUCGUGUCCCCAAAUUCUGGUUCCAGAGAAACUAAGAGACCGAUUGUGGCAAUUUUAGAUGUUAUCCUGGAAUCAUUAUUCUCCUAUGUCAGGAAAAGCGAAGUUUCAGCCACGGAAGACUGUGAUGACGAGAUGGGUGCGAGAGAGGAAGACACCACAACAUUUAACGAGAGUGACGAGGAAAUGGAUGAAGAGGAGAGAAUGGAUGAAGAGGUAGCAGAGGAACAGACAAAGUCCGAUGAAGCAGCCAGCGGAGUGGAAGAACAGGAGAGACAUUUACGUGAUGGUGAAGCAUGCCAAGAGCACAACGAAGAUAUCAGUGCUGCGUCGGAAGAAUUGGGGCGAACUAGGAAAAGGGAAGACAAAACAAGGUUAUCAAUAAGGGAAAAAGCAUCCUUGCAAUUUUACAAAGAAGCGGUUAAGAAUUACAGUUGGAGUCCAGAAAAUUGUGAAGAUUUUCUCGAGACAUUCAAGGGGUGUUCGAAGUUGCUACUGCGCGAGUAUGUACGACUUCUACCUACAGAGCAUGCUAAGCCAAUCGAAUCGCAUGUCAGUCGCAAGCAAAUAGAACAAUGGUAUCGCAAUUAUGUCCCACCGCAACUUCUUGAAACUGGAAGGGAACCAAUCAAGGUUAAAGCAGAUGGUACCUGCUUGUAUCGAUCUGUCUCAACAGCAUUAUUCGGUGAUGAGAAUAAUUGGUGUUGGAUUAAGCUCUCUGCUUUGCGAUAUGGUUUGCUGCAUGAGCAAGAGGUUAUGCAAAAGCUUUUGGAUUUACAAAUUGAUGUCAGCCUGUUGCGCUACAUAAUUACAACCGAUGAUAUUGCCGACAAAUUCGCGCGCAUUGAGGAUGAAAAUGAGAGGCUCCUGAAAUGUGUAAGAGAGGAGACCCUUCGCACUGCUGACAAGUAUAGAUAUGCAACCUUGCUUCACUUGUUCUUGAUUGCUGGUGCCUUUGACGUAAAUGUUCAUUCCUUCUCACCUCAAAGUGAACUAAGGCGGAUUAUUUAUCAAGGAGAUGAUUGUGGUGAUGUCUUCUUACUGUGGGUUCCAACAACAGUUGGAAGAUCAGUUAACCACAUUGUUCCUUUGGUGGUUCCUGAAAGGGAUGAGGCAAAUUGUUUUUCCGACAACUGCGGUUUAGGAUCAUUUUGCAUCAAGGCCUUUGAUGAUGUGGAUGAAGAGACAUCUGAAGUGCGCUGCGAAUUAUGCCUCAGGACGUUUCACACUCGCUGUGCUGUAGUGUCAAACCUUGAUACCGCUGAUACCACCAAGUGGAGAUGUUUUUGUCACUACAAACAAGAAAAUUUGACCAGCUUAUCCUGUUUUAGAAAUGCGUUCCGAUUAAAGCAAAUUUUGUUGGAAAAGAAAGGAGACAUUAGGAAAUUCGUGAAUGCCAUUUCCAAAGGUACUGUUUAUUCGGCAGUAAUGAGACUUUUCUGUAAAGGCAAGUUCAGUGAUUUACGUACUAUUGGCCGUCGUCUCUGGAUGCUCAACGAUGAAACGGCUGAAGUAUUGUCGCAAGAUUUAUACCGUCACAGCGUCCAAGUGGGAAAAUUUAGGAACCUCGACGUCACAAAAAGGAUAACACUGAUAAAUUCUGUCUUCAUGCCAGAGGUCAUUGCAUUCAUUAUACACAAAGAAAAUAUGGUUCCAUUGGUGUAUUCAAGAAAAGUCGUGUUUGAAGCAAAUGAGGAAGUGUAAAGCAUAUUUAAUUUUGACCUACUUACGUUGAACGAUGAAAAUAAAGAAUUACCUCAUUUUUAAAAAUAAACAAGCGAUACACCUCAAUAAAAGUAAACAAGCCCUUUAAACUCAGUUUUACUUGAAAUUAAUUUAUAUUUUAAUGCUGAUUUAUCAAACCUGACAGAAGCGAAGUAUGAUAGAUUAAGAUCAGUCAUUAGCAGUUCCCAGGGGGGAUCCCCAUAUUUUUCAAAGGAGACUCAAUCUCCCUAGUCCCCUGACUUUGCACCUUUGUUGAACGAUGGUCUUUAAGUAAUGAACGCAUUAAAAAUUAUUAGAAUCUCAGUCUUCCUAAUGCAUCAUUUUCUUAUGCUCCGUGUGCAAUGAUUCUUCGUUUUCCCAUGUAUUUUAGAAUUUCAAACCCGAAACUAAGAUUUUUUGCAGAUAACAUUCUUUCAAAGCCGCAUACACAAAAGCAUCAUCUGUUGGAAGCAAAAUUGUUUAUGAACUUUGUAGAACGUCACUAAAAACCUCCUAAAAUUAUAAAUAAAUUCCCGUAAAGUAGAUUUUGCUGUGACCUUCUUUUGCCCUUGUCUCGUAGUUCAUUAUAAUUUGCUCUUUAUUUUUUGUAACUGUUCUGGAACUAUUGUAAUGGCAUCCUGAUUGGCGUCAUUACAAGUGGAGACUCGUGGAUAUAUUGUCUCUCUAAACUUCUGACUUUGAAGUUUUGAAAAUACCCCAUGGUAAUAAUCGCCUCUCAAUUCUAAUUUCGCUUCAAAUCGCUGGUAAUUUACAAGUCACAAGUAAUUUAGUAACUAUAGUUGUAAUGUAGAAACAGUAUAGAUUUUUCUUCUUAUGAAAGCUCCGAGAAAUAACACUAAUGUUCUUUAUUGUGUCAGCGUAUCUUCUAUAGCCUUUAAUCCAAUAUAAGAUUCUUUAAUGUGAGGUUUAAGCAAUACGUGCACCAGCCAUUGGUUAUAAAAAGGUCAAAUUUUGCCAAAAAUUCAACCAACUAUGAGUAAACAGAUGUUGAGGGAUAAUUAAUCCAAGUAGGAAGUUACAAAGAUUUGAAAUGUUACAAAUCAUUUUAAUAAACAAAAAAUACCAGAAACAUUGCGUUCUAAUACGUGCACCAGCCAUUGGUUAUAAAAAGGUCAAAUUUUGCCAAAAAUUCAACCAACUAUGAGUAAACAGAUGUUGAGUGAUAAUUAAUCCAAGUAGGAAGUUACAAAGAUUUGAAAUGUUACAAAUCAUUUUAAUAAACAAAAAAUACCAGAAACAUUGCGUUCUAAUACGUGCACCAGCCAUUGGUUAUAAAAAGGUCAAAUUUUGCCAAAAAUUCAACCAACUAUGAGUAAACAGAUGUUGAGGGAUAAUUAAUCCAAGUAGGAAGUUACAAAGAUUUGAAAUGUUACAAAUCAUUUUAAUAAACAAAAAAUACCAGAAACAUUGCGUUUUAAUACGUGCACCAGCCAUUGGUUAUAAAAAGGUCAAAUUUUGCCAAAAAUUCAACCAACUAUGAGUAAACAGAUGUUGAGGGAUAAUUAAUCCAAGUAGGAAGUUACAAAGAUUUGAAAUGUUACAAAUCAUUUUAAUAAGCAAAAAAUACCAGAAACAUUGCGUUCUAAUACGUGCACCAGCCAUUGGUUAUAAAAAGGUCAAAUUUUGCCAAAAAUUCAACCAACUAUGAGUAAACAGAUGUUGAGGGAUAAUUAAUCCAAGUAGGAAGUUACAAAGAUUUGAAAUGUUACAAAUCAUUUUAAUAAACAAAAAAUACCAGAAACAUUGCGUUUUAAUACGUGCACCAGCCAUUGGUUAUAAAAAGGUCAAAUUUUGCCAAAAAUUCAACCAACUAUGAGUAAACAGAUGUUGAGGGAUAAUUAAUCCAAGUAGGAAGUUACAAAGAUUUGAAAUGUUACAAAUCAUUUUAAUAAGCAAAAAAUACCAGAAACAUUGCGUUCUAAUACGUGCACCAGCCAUUGGUUACGAAAAGGUCAAAUUUGGACUAUUAGGAAACAGUUGUAUUUUACGAUUUAAAAGUUGGGUCACAGGCUUAAACGUGGGGGGAAGGGAAAAUUUAACACCCAUAACAAAAUAUUUUGUGAAAAGUUUUAUUGUUUUGCAAAAUAGAGUUGAAUCAAGAAAAGAACAUGGAAAAGGGUUAGCUGUUGUAGUUUCUUCCAGUUAACAGAAUCUCUUAGUGUUAUUGAUAAACUGAAGUGUGGCAUCCAUACGAAUUUUGUCGGCAAGUACAUUUAAUUCGGAGUUUCCAUAGAGUAUUACUUCACAAAGUGCCGUUGGUGGAAUUUUGAAAUUUUGAGUGCAGGAACUUCAGAAAGCUGACCAAAGAGCUAGUUCCACAUUGUUUGCAGUGCUGAGGAAAGGGGGGUCAGGGGGGUCACUGACCCGGGGGCCCAUGACUUUAUGGGCCCACAGAAAAUAGCUUAGAAAAAGUAAAAAAUAGUUAUUCAGUCUCUCCAUUAUCAAAACCUGUCAAUAAUAGAAACAAUAAUCGUAAAAACCUUUAAAAUAAAAUAAGGUAGAAGCAGCAAGAGUAUUAACCUUAUUGUGUUUGUCAAACAGAGCUGGUAGGUAAUUUUUUAGAUAGUUAAAUUACCAAGCCUUUGCAUCUGUAAAAUAUUAAACGUGAAGUUCCUGCACUCAAAAUUUCAAAAUUCCACCAACGGCACUUUGUGAAGUAAUACUCUAUGGAAACUCCGAAUUAAAUGUACUUGCCGACAAAAUUCUUAUGGAUGCCACACUUCAGUUUAUUAAUAACACUAAGAGAUAUUAAUUCAAUUUUGGAGCUAUAGUCAGAUUUUUCGGCAAUUUCAGUUUCCAUGGACAUUGAAGCCAACGACCUAAGCCUGUUUUGGCCAACGGUAAAGCGAAGAUAAUACUUCAUUUAUAACAAAAGAAGGCAAAGUCAGAAACAACCUUGAUGCAAUGAAAAGAUUGGGAAGUAAGCGUUGCAAAUUCAAAUGCUUAAGCCUGUUCAACAGCUGCAAUAGUUGAUGCUCCUUAGAAAAAGUGACUUCUCAGUGAUGUUAGGAGAUAUGUCAUCCUUUUAUGCUUCGCAGAAUUUGGCACUUUUUGCUAGGUUGAACCUUGUGUAUAAUCAAAGAAUACUGAACACCUCCCAUAUCUCGCCAAUUGACGUGAAUCGCCUAAACAUCUUUGCUGUAACACUAUCAAUAAUGACAAUGCCGACAUUAAAUUUGAAUUCACCUAAGGCUUUUUUCUCAAUUUCGCUUCAAGAUAGAGAUAAACUUGACUGAAUUCUCUUGGUCUUUAUAUUUUUGUGACAUCUAGCCC